GUCGCCUCUUCAUUGGAUCGAAAUCGGGAAAUGGCGUUGGUGUGGCUCGAAGCGGCUCUGCCUCUCGGAAUCAUUGCGGGAAUGCUAUGCAUUAUGGGAAAUUCUCAGUACUACAUCCACAAGGCUUACCAUGGACGGCCGAAGCACAUCGGUCACGACGAGUGGGAUGUUGCCAUGGAGAGACGCGACAAGAAGGUUUUGGACAAAUCCUCUUGAUCCCCUUCCCAGCCUAUUUAGUGCAGGGACUUGAGGUUGGCAAUAUCAGUAACUAAUAAAGAGCUUUCCAGAGAGCUGUGUCUUGUUGAAAAAGAUGCUGGAGGGUCUAUAUGUGUCCUUCCCAUUUGACUUUCCUUUGGUAUGUGAUUUUGGAUAAAGCUUUUCGGCUACAAGAGGCCCUUUUCUCCUGUAAAAGUUUGUUGAUUUGUACGAGGUUAUUUUUUCUUAUAAUUGCUGAUUAUUGUGCUUGCUAAGGUAGCAAGGUUAACUGAAACUGAAAUUCACUCUCGUUUUGUGAA